GGAUGACCGGAAUGAGAGCUUAUAUAAGCAGCACCCUGAUUGCAUCGAAACCUGAGGUCCGACUGUCUGACAAUCUUUCGGAAAUGGUGUGUUCUCGGCAUACCUGCACGGCUAUAUCUCAUUCUGCGUUCUGGGGUUCGGUAUCAAACUCCCUUCUUUACUGCAGUGGGUUGUAAAGUCAAGAGAACUGAAUACCUAAGUAUGCCAUGCAGAUUCGGAGGAAUUCUGUCGACUCGUUCUUACGAGGUGUAUGAGCUCACGUCACGCACCGAGGAACAGCUACGAUAGUAUUCUCUUCUCCAUCUGUCUUCUAUUUCCUAGCCCGUCUCGUCUCGUCGUCUGUCUUACUACGAGAGUCAAUUUCAUCGCUGUGUAUUCGAGUCCUGGAAGAAGCCACGGUCAACGAAGGGAACACGGGCUCGUGAUCGACGCAAGCAGCAUCUCUAACUUGGCCAUCACAAGCUCGAUCUUGAACGGAUCUCCGACGCUGGAUACUUUCGACCAAGUCGCCGCUCUCACCAACCGGCUGCUGACGCCAGAGAUGGCGAUGUCACCGACGAGCGACAGGCUCCAGCUAGUCAGUGGUCUAUGUCUCCAGGCAUCGGCUGGUCAAGACGGCAUCAAAGAGGUGAUAAAAGCCAAUAUAAUAGAUGUCGGUACGGUUUCGCACGCGGAUGGCUUUGGCAGAAGACCGCUUCUGACUUCAGCGGAGUUUGACUAGCCCGGGCGAAGGAUAUAUUAUGGACGCUAAUC